AUACAAUUAAAAAAAAUUACAGUUUUUCUUUACAUUAAAAGAGAUCUAUUGUAUAGUUGUUUAUCUAGUCAAUUAAAUUUUAUCAAAAAUAUUACCUAUAAUGUUGCAGAUAUUUUUGCUUUUUGCCUUGUUUUUACAUACUCAUUCCAAACCUACAUAUUGUCCAAUGGGAUCCUACUUUGAACAUGAGACUGAUUGUACGAAGUUUUAUCAGUGCGCGCCCUGGGGCGCCCAAUUGAUGAACUGUUCUUCUGGUACUGUAUUUGAUCCCGAAAUUAAUGUUUGCAGCUGGCGUCGACCAGGGUUAUGUGGUUGGACGACUACAGAAAUCACAACAAAUCCAAAGAAGUCUAAAAGUUUUAACAGAGAUCUUACUGAAGCACCGGUAAUUGAAAUUCCAGGAAAAAAACCAUAUAUUUCAACAAAUAUUUCUGACUCAAAUAUAAGACUCAAAGAUAAGGCUCGUCUUAAUAAAGCGGGAUCAGUUAAUCAAUCUACUGAUACUGAAGAAUCAAAAGCCAGUACUGGAGAACCAGUAGUGAGUACUGAAGAACCAGCAGAGAGAUCUUCUUCUUUCAGUACCCUGUCCGAUUAUCGAAGGUUUGCGAUCAUAUUGGCAAUUAUAACUUUGUUUACGGCAGCUCUAAACGGAUUAGCGGUGGUCUCUUGAUACCACUCCCGAAGAUUUCGGAGCCAGGAUGUGCUUCUUCGGCCUGGGCCUCUUCUUCCGGCGAUCUUGCCUUAUAGUAUGAAGUGUAGAAGGUUAUACCUCUGUAUAUGUCUCAUUACAUGGCCGAAAUAUUGUAACUUUCGUAUUUUUAUGGUUUUUGUUAUUUCUGUGCUCUUAUUCAUUCGAUGUAAGGCAGUGUCAUUUCUUAUUCGAUCGUCCCCACUGAUCCGUAGUACCCGUCGAUAGAUCCACAACUCAAAGGCCUCCAAUUUUUUCAUUAGUGUCUCUGUAAAGGUCCAGCUCUCCAUUCCAUACAGCAAUGUGGAGAAUAUGUAGCAGAGUAUUAAUCUGAUUUUAAGGUUUAACGUGAUAUAUUUAAUAAGAAUUUUCUUUAGUUUUUAGAAGGAAGCUUUGGCUUUUUCAAUGCGUAUUCUAGUUUCUCUAUUUAUAUCCCAGUUAUCGUUAAAGUUGACACACAAAAUAGGUAAUAUUGUGGACUAUUUCUAACGUUAUUCCAUACGCUCUGGUGUUCAUUAAUUGAAACUCCAUUUUACUGACAACCAUAAGUUUUGUCUUAGAAGUAUUAAGUUUUAGCCCAUAUUCAUCACAUGAUUCGGUCACCCUGUUUAUUAGUCGUUGUAAAUCUUCUUCAUUUGAAGCAAUCAAUACCAUGUCAUCUGCGUAUCUGAGAUUGUUGACAUUAAUUCCAUUGAUUUUAAUGCCUACAUCUUCACCUAAGGCUUUUUUGAAAAUGAAUCUGGAGUAGAUAUUAAAAAGUAGAGACGUAAAAAACAUCUUCGCCUCACUUCAUGUUGUAUUUCCACUGCUACCGUCGUGUUCUGACCAAAUUGUAUGUUUGCACAUUGAUUCAUGCCAAUACAAAUUUUUGAUAAUACAAUCACCAACGAGUAGUAAAGCACCAGAAGUUUCAACUUAUCUGACUGAAGAACCGGUAGCGAUUGAUUCCGAGAAACCUAAAACUGAUGAAUCAAUAACUUAUAUUUCAGC